CGGCCCCUCCCAGGCCAGCCUUGGCCAGCCCAAGCCUGAGCGGGCAGUGGCCAGAGUGACCCCAAGAGUGUCCAGGGACUCAGGCCUCUGCCCAAGGUGUCCCCACAGGAACAGAGAGGAGAGAAUUCAAUGCCCCAUUUCAUGGAAGAGGAAAUUGAAGCCAUCAUUUGCCCAGGACAACAAAGGCAAGAGCUGAGAGCAGGCUGUGUUUUUAGGGGGUGAGAAUGGAGCAUUUAGAGGGCACUGGUUUCUGGACAGCAAUGAGUGCCUGGGCCACACGGCCCCGAAGCCGGCGAGGGAGGCAUGCUACGCCAGGUGAACUGGAUCCCGUGGCCGAGAGUUCAGAGGAGGCUGAGGCAGCCAGUGGAACCUCCAAGCCCAGCCCUGUACUGUCUCCAGACAGCUUCAGACCAGAGCUGUUGGGGCCCACGGCAGGAGUCAGUAACCAGGGCCUAGGGAGCAGGACUGACAAGGAGGCUGAUGGGGACUCUGGCAGAGGAACGGCUUCAGCCCCUGAAGGACCCCAUGAGCCUGCAGUGGAAGCCCACCAGGCCCCAGAAGCAGCCCUGCAGGAUAGAGAGACUGUCCCCUCUGGGACUGGGACCCCUGAUGUGUUUCAGACCCUCCAACAUGCUCUGAGCUCCCUGGAGGCGGCUGCUGCUGCCUGGCGCCACCGACCCCCAAGCUGUCCUGGGCUGAUGGAGGCAGAGGGGAGACGCAAGGGGGUCCCAGGGCCCUUCAGGAAGCAGGUGGGGGCAGGGGGCUGCCAGCAGGAGGCAGCUUGCCUGGCAGAGAGGAAUGCCUGGCUCCGGCUGGCCCUGGGCAGCCGUGAGAACGAGCUGGUCCACACACAGGCUUCCCUGCAGGCCAUCCUGGCCGACAAGGAGACGCUGCAGAGGGAGGUUCAGGAGCUGCAGGAUUCCCUGCUGAGGCUGGAGCCCUUCCCACCUCCAUCCCACAGCCAAGUGGGUGGCUCAGGCAGUGGUUCCAGCAGCUCUGGGGCAGAUGGGGAACCCUGGGGGACUCAAGAUUCCUUGUCUCUGGCUCACCCCCUCCUCCGGCGCCUCCAGAGCAAUUCUAGUACCCAGAUUCUUGGAUCUCCCCCCACCCAGCCCCUCACUCCUGAGAUGCACAUCAUGGAAACCCAGAUGGAGCAGCUCCAGGGGAGCAUUGAGAAGCUCAAAUGCUUUAACCGUCUGCUGUCAGCUGUGCUCCAGGAGUACAAGGGCCGCUGUGAGGGUCUCAGCAUGCAGCUCAGCCAGCACGAGGCUGAGGCCACAGCACUCCGUCUGGUCUUGCAGUACAGUGAGCACUGUGAGGAGGCGUAUGGGGCCCUGCUUGCUCUGCGGGAGGCCGACUCGGGAGCAGGGGACCUGCAGGCAGCUGAAAAGGAAGCACUGAGGCUGCUGGCACAAGAAGAGGCUGCCAUGGAUGGAGGGACACUGCAGGGUCCACAGCCAAGUCUGGAGGGCAGCAGUGUGGAUAAGCCCACACCACAGGAAGUGGCUAUCCAGCUCCGAGACUACAUCCAGCGUCUCCAGGAGCAUCGUGCUCUGGUGAAGAUUCCCUCAGAGCCUGGACCUACCUCGGUACCCAUGCCCACUGUGCCCCGCGCAGAAGCCAUAGUACAAGCCAUUCUGGGGACCCAGUCUGGCCCAGCCUUGCCCCGGCUGGAAAAGAUGCAGAUCCAGCAGGACCUGGUGGACACAAGGGAGACCCUGGCGGACCUGAUGCUGCGGCUGCAACUGGUACGGCGGGAGAAGCGGGGCCUAGAACUGCGCGAGGCUGCCGUCCGAGCCCAGGGCCCGGCACAUGCGCUCCUGCUGGAGCAGCUGCGGUGGGAGCGGGCGCAGCUCCAGGCUGGCAGGGCGAGCAGCAGUGGCAGAGACAGCAGCGGAGGUGGGAGCAGUGGGGAAGAGGAGGAGUGGUCCCAGGGGCCUCCUGUUGUCCCUGGUGGCAUUGGUGGCAUUGAUGGAGGCCAAGUGGGCAGAGUGUGGGAUCCAGAGAAAUUAGCGCAGGAACUGGCAGCCUCGCUCACCAGGUGUGUGCCUGGGUCCUGUGCAGGGGGCGGGGAGCCUACGAGAGAGCCCAUGGGGAUGUUAUGUGUGGCAGAGACCAAGGUGUACACCUGCGUACAGGUGUGUUCCCAUGGAAACACUGUGGGCAGGUGGGUGGGAGGAGGGCAGGGAGAUAGGAUUGCCUGUGGCUGUGAAGCCCCCCUCUCCCUAUCCCUGCAUCAGGGCUGUGGACCUAUGCGAGCAGCUCCAGUCUCUGCGAGAGAAACUGGAACAGGUGGCUCAGAAGGGGCGAGCCAGACGGGCUCAGGGUGCUGAGCUGAACAGCGAUUUAUGCAAAGCUCACAGCCAUCCCCCUCACCUCCAGUGCCCUGGUCCUGGCCUUCCGAGGAGCCCACCGGAAGCAGGAAGAGCAACGUCGGAAGUUGGAGCAGCAGAU